AUACAACACUCUGAAGUUGUUGGGAAAACGUUUUUGUUACAGAGACGUUUGUGUCUAGUUGUUGAACCCUCUUGUGUCACAUGUCAAUGUGAUUUAGUUAACGGUAACAUACUGUAAAUGCUUGAGUUCAUGUUGAUAUUUUUGAUUAUACAUAUCCAAAACAUCAGUUAUCCAAAAUGUUGACCUGAACUAUCAAGGACAUGCUUGGAUUAUAAAACAGUAACCUGUGGUUUUUGCAGUGCUGUGGGCAUCGCUACUAAAGCAAUAACACAAUUAUUAUCACCCAUGGCUUUCUGAGUAUGCAUAUAGAUAUAUUUAAAAAAAAAAUAGUAAUGCUCCUUUUGAGAAUUACAUUUGUCAGGUCAUUAUUAGUUGUUUUUCUGGAAUUAUUAUUUAUCUUCUGAGGCAUUUGUGUGCUCUGUUGAAUUUCACAAGUACCACCAGCUUCACAGCUAGACAGGCAUUCUAGUUAUUACUCACGCCUACAAUCUGUUGCACCAUGACCCUGAGCUAUUAUUGGCUCCUUCCAGGUGUGUCACACAGAAACUAGCUCUGCCCUGUGGUUUCCCUACUUUCUCUCUAUUCAGGUUACCUUGAGUCUGUGCUUGGCCUCACUUAUACUUGACUAACUGACGCAAGCAUGAAGAAACUGUUACUGCAUGUCUUACCAGUGGUCUUCAAUACUCAGAAGAAAUGGACUUUGAAUAUUAAUUCUCAAAUGGAUUUUCUUUCUGUGUUAUAGCCUAUUUAGUAUACAUAAGUUGGUCAAGUGGAAAAUGUUUGCCACCGGUAAUUGGAAUGUUUCUGCUCCAGUUAACCUUGCUAUACGUUUUGUCUAAACAAUGGAGUUCUUUGGGAGCAAAACACACAGCAAUACCGCAGGGAGCCUCGGCCAACAACAUGCCAGGCACGCUUUGGAUGUUUCACGCCGAACGUUUUCUCUGCAGUAAGAUUAGACUAGGAGGUUAUCCAGUGGCUUCACUGCUGAAGCAGAGGGGCCUCUCCAAUCUUUGUUAAAUGUGUCAGCGGGAUAACAUGGGUCCUUCGGUUGUGGACACGGUGGACGAUUUGAGGAAUAUUCAUCGGUCCUUGGGGGAACUGCACAAAUUGCUCACCGACCUGCCCGAUGACAUGCUGGAGGACAGCAUAGACUCCUCCCCAGAGCUGGUGUACUCCACCUGCAGCAAUAAAAACACUGGCAACAGCCCACAGUCCGCAUGGACUCGGCAAUGGUCAGAUCAUCCAAGGCCGACUUCUCAUGAACAGCACCGUGAAGUUGACUAUGAUCAACGCUCCCAUGAUGAGUACGCUUAUGAGGAUGGAGCUGUUCAGAACAAUGGACAUCACCCUCAAAGUCGACCUCUCCCUAACACCUGGAACCAGGAUCAUCAGUUCGCCCAGGGAGAUUAUUCAUACACCAGCAUAGUCUCAGACAAAUGUCCAGAGACCAAUGAUUUCUCCAGAGACGAGUAUGAGUCUAAACCGUAUCCUCAAGGUACUGAUAACGCUGUCAUGUAUGAUGGAGAAGGAGGACGCGGAGACAUCCAAAACUACGGCGAUCACAACAACGGCAGAAACCAAUUUCAAACCUUAAAGUCCGGAGUGUUGGACAGAGGGGUGGAUCAGCACCAGGCCAUCUACAGUCCUCACCGUCCUGCCCAUCAGCCAAAGAUGUUUAACUCGCAGGCCGUUCACCAAGAAGCUCAAUUUGACCAUCUGCAAAGAGAAUUCCUUGACUCGACACAACAAACUGCUGAUAGAGAGCAGCUUGCCCAGCUGCAGAUUUUAAACAAGGCUCAGCAGAGGCAGAUUGAAGACCUGGAGCGGAAACUGGAAGAUUCAAGGCGUAAUAUGAGAUACAUCGAGCAUCAGUUUGCGAUUGCCAAAGACGCAAAGGAUGGCCUAACAGUAAGCCUGAAGGAAUCGAGUCAACUGGUUGAAGAUGCCAAGGAGAGAGGGGUUGAAAUGCAAAACAAAGUGAAGGCAAUGGAGCAGCAAGUACAGGUCCUCACUGAGAGAGACCACGAGAACUUGAAGAAGCAGAGGGUGGCAGAAGCUGCCGUGGACAGCUUGAAGCAGCAGAUGUUGGAACUGUGUCGCUCCGACACACUGUCCAGGACGCGGCAGCAGCAUGACCGAGACCUUGCUGUCAUAAAGGAGCAGCAUGAGAAUGCCCUGUUGACACUACAGCAGCAGCUGGACUCGACCUCUCAGGCCCUGAACGAAAAGAUUGAUGUUGGUCAGAGGCUACGAGAGCAGGUGAAGCAACUGGAGCGCCAGAGAGAAGAAGAGCAACUGGAGAGAGCCCGAGUGGUCAAUACCCUCACUCAGCGCCUGGAGGAGAGUCAACAGCAAUGUGCCAAGCUGCUGCAGACAUGUUCAGUGCAGGAGAUGAGUCAGAUCCAAAUCAAGCUACAACACGCUCAAUCAGCCAAAGCACUGAGUGAAAACAUGAACAAAGGCUUGCAGGAGGAUCUGGCUGAGUUGAAGGAGCAGAUCACUCUGUAUGAAUCUGCAGUGAAACACGGUGUUAUUGCAUUAGACCUGAGCAGUCAGUGGGAGAACCAGCUGUCUGACUCCUGUGUGGAUUUAGGAUUAAAGAAAACCAACAGGAAAAAUGGCUUGCUUCACAGCGCUGCCCUGGCUCACCUGUCGGACUCCAAGCUGCCCAAAGAUGAAGCCUUGCGGCUGCUGCGGGUGGAGAUGCAGCGCUGCCUGGGCAGUCUGAAGGGGAAGCGGCAGAAGAUCAGUCAGCUGCAGGAGGAGCUCCAGCUCUGUCAGGGUCGACUGACCGAGCUGCAGACCCAGUUGGAUGACGCCAAGCUCUGCUCUUCGGUCAGAAACACCAGCCAGAUGAAACAUCUCGACAUUACUGGAGAGUCUCAGAAAGAGUUUGCGAGACUACAGGAAGACAAACAACACUUGCAGGAACGAGUAGAGGUGUUGGAACAGCAGAAUAUGGAGCUGAAACAGAGCGAGGAAAAGCUGAGGUCUGCCAACUUGGACCUUUGCACCAAGAUGAGGGAGAUGAUCCAGGAACUCGACCAAGAGAAGCAGGAGGCUUCUCAGAGAGCCGAGCGGAUUCAUCAGCAGUACAGGGAUGACGUGGUGGAUCGGGUCAGAACGGAGCUCAUGCUGGAACACGAUGCUCAGGUUGAACAGCUGACUGCACAGCAACAGCAACAGCUCCAACAGUUACAGGCCCAGCUGUCUGAGGCCAAUGAUAAGAUGUUGGCGGUGCAGGAGUGUUACAUAUCUGUCUGCAAGGAGAAGGACAUGCUUAACAAGGAGGAGGCUUUGAUCAGAGUAAAUGAGCAAAAGAUGAGAGAUGAGAGUGGCACCGCUGUGGAGAAGCUGAGGGCUGAGCUUGAGGCUCAGCAUCAGGCCUCAGUAAAGCAGCUCACGGCUCUGUGGUCCAAAGAAAAGGAGGCUGAGAUCCAGCAGCAGGUGAGCUCUCAGGUAGCCUUGGCCAAGGCUGCCUGGAAGGAGGAACUACAAAAGAUGGAGAAGACCUGGGUCCAGAGGCUGGAGGAGGCCAGCAGAGAGAAACGCAAAGAGACUGCUGAGGCAACCUGUCAGGCAGAUGAGAUUGAGGCCAGCAGUGUGACGAUUACUGUUGAGGAGCUCGACUCCAGGCUCAGCGCCCAGAAACAGCAGCUGCAACUGGAGGCUGACAAAGUAAAACGCAAAGCUGUGGAAGAAGCCCGGAAACAAGCCCAGAAAGAGCUCCAUGAGAAACACCUGGAGGACAUGGCCAAACAGGUUGAAGGUGCAGUAACCAGGGCCUACAAUCGCUGGAUGGAGGAUUUGACUUCAUUACCAGAAUACCACGCCUCUCUCCAAAUAGAGAGGGAGAAAUGGGAAGAACUUCAAGAAAAAUGCACAGAACAACGGGUAUCCCAGGCCCUGAAGGAGGCAGAGGGGCAGCGGUGUGAUAAGAACAAGAACCAGCUGGAGGAGCAGAGCUCUGGGACGCAGAGGGUGGAGGAUCUCCAGGAGGAGGUGGCCUCUCUCCACAGUCAGCUGGAGCAGGAGAAGAGAGGGCAAACGGCCCUGCUAAAGGCUGAGCUGGCCGGAGCUAGAGCGGCCUGGAACCGAGACAAACAGGAGAUCUCUGUCCUGCAGCUCCGCAAUGAGCAGGUUUACCAAAGCAAGUUGCAAGAGCAGCGCAACAAGCUGGAGCAGGCUUUGCAGCAGGCCAGAGAGGAUGGCGAUCUCCAUAAGAAGGAGCUGCUCCUGCAGAUGGAAGCCAAGCUACAAAAGACUCUGAGGGCCCGAGAGGAGGAGUGGAGCUGUCGGCAUGCAGAGAAGGAGCAGGCUGGGAGAAAGCAGAUGAGAGAGGAGUUACGAGCAGAGCUUCAGGCUGGUCUGGCAGAGGUCCAGGCACAACUUCUCAGGGAUCCCAAAACGGACCAGCAGGGCACUGAAUACACCAAGAGGACCAGCGAAGCCACAUCAGAGGGCACAGUAACACACAUCCUCCAAGCAUUCUGCAAAGACCUCGUCAACAGAGCCGUAUCUCAAGCCAAGAAGGAGUGGAAGACGGUAGACGAGGAGAAACUGAGCCGAGUGUUAGAAGAAACACAGGAGCAGCAUGAGAGAGAAAUCCACAAAAUGCAAAAUGUUUUGUCCCAGAGGAAGGAGCAGGCUCGCUGCAGGAAGGAGUGCGCUGAGACGUUGGGGAAGCUGCAGAAGAAGAACCAGGAGCUCCAGAAGCACUUAGAGAAAGCCUGCCGUCAACUCCAGCACAGCGUUCGCCAGCACAAAACCGCCAUGCAGCAUCUGAAAGAUGAGCAUGAAAGCAGCUUGCGAAAGGCAAAGGAGGGACAUCUGCAGCAGCUUGAGGAGGUGACGAGAGCCAAAGAGUCCUCAGGGGGAUCUGAUCACAAACAAAAUGUUCAGCAAGGCCUCGAGGAGAUGAAGCAGCAAUACCUGACGACUGUAGAAAACAUCAGAGGAGACAUGCUGCGGUACCUCCAGGAGAGUCGGGAGCGAGCAGCAGAGAUCAUCCGCAUGGAGGUGCAGAGGGAGAGGCAGGACACUGCCAGAAAGAUGCGGCGCUAUUAUCUGACCUGUCUGCAGGAGUUACUGGAGGACGGAGGACAGACGACGGGGGCUGAAAAGAAAAUAUUGAAUGCUGCAAGCAAGCUGGCAGCGAUGGCUAAAGUGCUAGAGACGCCCUUAAAAAGUAAAUCUGGAAAGAACUACAGUUUACAAAGUUGUUUGACGGCUGCGUCCCCAGCUGACUGCCUUCCAGGUAGAAACGCAGGUUUUAGUAAGAACCCGUCAACACUUACUGAGCCCCCUGACAUCAGACCAGAGCAGAGAUCCGACAGGGAAAUAAAAUCAGCUGAUUCAGCGCAGAAACUAACCGCUGCAGCGAGAACUAAACCUUUGAGUCACCAAGACAUCUCUCCAUCUGGGAAGGAGGAGGCCUCAGUAGAUUCAGGGCUGAAACACCAAACUGCCGCUCACUCACACCUCCGCUCUUACAAACCCUCUCAACAGAUGGCAUCUCCAUCCCAGGUGGUUUUGGCCAAUGUGUCUGUGAGGAGUAAAAGCAGGGAGCAGUACUUGCUGGGAGUUCACUCCAGCAAAGCAGACAACCACCCCGACUCAGAGCGACGGAGCAAACCAUUCCUCAUCAAGGAGGCUCCUACCAGAGGUGAGAAACAGACUGACUGGAGUAUCAGCAGUAGUGACUCGGACACAUGCUUCCAUGUUUCCACCCUCUCCUACUCGGGGAGGAAAAUAGAACCUGUGAAGCCCUUUUCUGUCUCUGCUGCGUCGGCCAACGACUCAGGAGAGUUUGGCGACCUCUCACCGAACCUUUCUGACCUGACCGUCUAUAAUGAAAUUACCAAAAAGAACUUGAAAUUUCCGCCUGCAACGAUAAGCACACACAGAGAGCCCACCCCUGGCUCUGAGUGUGAGAAGCAGCAUGGUGUUGGUUCCAGGCCGUUGUUCUCUGAGCUGAGACAACGGCAGCAGGACAGCGGCUUCGACAGUACAUUCAACCAGCAGAAAUAGUGCCUCUGAGACAGUGGAGGAAGUUUACACGAUGUACAACCUUUGCCUUAGUGGUUUGCAGUGUGUUUGUGUUUUGCAGUGACAUUGUUAAAGGAACAUUCUAACAUAUUGUGAACUGCACUUAAAUAGGAAGAUUGAAGUGUCAAGCUACAGCCAGCAGCUGGUUAGCUUAGUAUAAAAACUUGAAAACAGACACACUGGUUUUAGUUCAUUAACCAGUGUUAUUGAAACACUGGUUAAGUUUUGUACCCUUCUGUUUGAUGUUUUUUUAGGUCAACGGUCUGCCCACACUGUGAUAUUUACCCUGAGUGACUGAUAGCUUCCUGUACCCUGUACUGUACCUUUGGACUAGAUUAGGUCCAUCCAAAGUUCACCUCACUCUGUCUGUUUAUUAUAUUUAAAAAUAUUUUAUAUCACGUUAAUGAGAUAUGCUGUACAUAGA